GUUAUUAUUGGUUUUACUGAUUCUUUUCACGUAGUCUAAGUUGUUCCCACCUGUUCCAUUCAUCAGGAUGUCUGCUAAUUUAAAUACUACUAAUAGCGAAUUGAUGGAGGUCGAGGAGAUAGAGGUCUCUGACGGAGGAGCCGCUCGUUUUGCCGCGAUUGAAGUUAAGAGUGAUGCAGACAGGUUCAACGUUAAAUGGGAGGCCCCAGCCAAACUACUGCGCUUCGAUGAAGGUGAGAAUCAGUGGAAGGAGCGCGGUGAGGGUAAGGCACGCAUUUUACAAUGUAAAGAUGACUCCGAUAAAUACAUGUUUGUGUUUCGUCGUGAAGCAGUAGGGAAGUUAGCGGCCCACCAUUAUCUUCAGAAAGGCAUGAAUGUAAAAGUGCAUCCGAAGAACGAAAAAGCAUUGUUGUGGUCUGCCUUUAAGGAUUACACAGACGAUGAUGAAGGAUUCCCAGAAAGUUUUGUGAUGCGGUUCUCAACAAAAGAGACUACUCAAGAUGCACUCAAGCAGAUGGAGGAAUGCAUUACAACUUCUAAUGUGUAAGAAAUUUUACUUGAGAAGGAAAUUCAUGGAAGGGUGUAUUGUAAAAGCAACAAUAAUACGUAAAGACUUAUCCUAUGUGUACGUAUUUACUUUAAAAAAAAGAGGGAAGUAAAAUAUGCUAUCCCAAUAAGACUAUGAUACCAUUACGGUAGUUUAGUAUGAAAUUUCUUUAAUAUUCAUUAAAUAUAUUUUUUAAAAUAGAACCAAUGCACCCUUUCUGGUAAAUAUAUAUGGAGGUCCACUUUUUUUCUUCAGAUUUUUCCAUUUUAUAAAAUUGCUAGUUUGUAUAUAUUUAUCGAUAAAUGUGACUCUGAUACAAACACCGACAUACCACA